CGUCAAGGCACCACACAGAAAACUACAAUUCCCACAAUUCCCCGCUCCUCGCCGGCACUUCCUGGUCAGGCACUUCUGCCUCUUGUAUCAAAUGGUGAAGGAGCAGAGAGGCUGGGGAAAACAGCGGCUGCCGUAAGGUUCAAUAUCCUAUUUGCUUGAUAUCCAUUAUUGGCUGAAUUUCCCUCAAUAAAGCUGGAUAGCCCUACAGAAGAGAUAUGCAACAUGGAUACCUCAGAACCCGCAGAAGACGGCGAAAGAACACUGGAACAGAGACCCCGGACACGUUCUAACCCAGAGGGUGCUGAAGAUAGAGGAGUGCCACCACAGCCUGUAGUGGGCAGCCGAAGUGAGGGAGAGGGUGAAGCGGCACAGGCAGACGAUCCUUCUCAACCAGUCUCUGCUUCCCCAAGUUGUGUCCCUCCGCCCCCUGUGGAAUUUCAAGUCAAAACUCCAAGGGUGAACUGCCCAGAAAAAGUGAUUAUUUGUCUGGAUUUGUCAGAAGAAAUGUCUUCUCAGAAGCUGGAAUCAUUCAAUGGUGCCAAAACCAAUGCCCUUAACUCUUCACAAAAGAUGAUAGAGAUGUUUGUACGUACCAAGCAUAAGAUUGACAAGAGACAUGAAUUUGCGCUUGUGGUUGCAAAUAAUGAAGCUAUGUGGCUCUCUGGAUUUACUUCAGACCCCCGGGAAGUCUGCAGUUGUCUUUAUGAUCUGGAGACAAACGUCUGUGAAUCAUUCAACCUGGAAGGACUUUUUAACAUAAUACAACAGAGAACAGAAUUUCCAGUUACUGAUAAUGUGCAGACUAUUCCCCCUCCAUAUGUAGUGAGGAUAAUCUUGAUCUACAGCCGUCCAGCCUCCCAGCCGUCACUCGCUCUGACAGAGACUAUGAAGAAAAUGCUGCAGUGCCCUUAUUUUUUCUUUGAUGUUGUUUACAUCCACAAUGGGUCCGAUGAAGAAGAUGUAAGCUGGAAAGAUGCAUUUGAUUUCUUCAGCAGUUUGGAUACUAAAGGCACAAGUUAUAAAUAUGAGGUUUCAAUAACAGGACCAGCUCUUGAGCUUCACAACUGUAUGGCCAGACUUCUAGCUCAUCCUCUUCAGCGCCCAUUUCAGAGUCAUGCCUCUUAUAGCCUUCUAGAGGAAGAAGAGGAGAAUGCAGAGGGUGAAGUGACAGUCUAAAAUAAACUGAGUUGAAUCUUGAUGAUGAUAAUAAAGUAACACAUUUUUAUAUAAAUUGCAUAUUGCAUCAGUCUUGCAAAGAAUAACCAUGAAAAGCUGAUACAAAUUCAUCAAAUAGAUUUCCUAAUUGAGGUUGCAGAUGUAUUUAGUAAAUAACACUUAUUAAAACUAUUUUAUUUGAAAUAUACACC